AUGGUGGAAGCAGUGGGGGAACCAGGGGCUACCAGUAGUGGUACCAGUGGUGCUACCAGUUAUGUGGGUGAUGGUCGUGGGUACAGCCCUCCCGGACCUGUUGCCCUGCCCCUGACGCCCUCACCAGACGCCCACGGUCGAGCCCUCACGCCCACGGAGAGCCUCAAUGGGUUAUCCCCCUGUGGGCUGGUAUCCCUGGCCCCCUUGUGCCCACAGUACGACCCUAGGGGUGAGGAAGAACCAAUCAACCUGACGACCAGGCCCACGGCUCUCUACGACCGUCCACCAGAGGACCUGACUACAGCCCAUGCUAUACUCGACCUGUCGACCGCAAGAGUAGCCGAAUAUUCACCUCCCCAUACUCCACCAUCCCCCCAUGAUUACCAUUCGCUACCUCACCCAUCGCCGCAGCCGCUACCGCAAGCGUACCAUCUGCAUAGCGGGGAUAGCGGGGGUUUGGAACGACCAACGGAGCAUGGUACACCGAAGCCAUGUACGGUAGCUUAUACGUACGAGGCUUUCUUCGUUAGCGAUGGGAGAUCGAAGCGACGAGGCGGCGAAGGUACGGAGAAGCCGCGGUACACGUGUUCUGAAUGCGGUAAGCACUACGCGACCUCCUCCAAUCUCUCGCGGCACAAACAGACGCAUCGCGACCUCGACUCCGGCAACGCACGUCGCUGCCACGUCUGCGGGAAGGCGUACGUCAGCAUGCCGGCACUUGCCAUGCACGUGUUGACGCAUAACCUGACGCAUCGGUGCGGCGUGUGCGGCAAAGCGUUCUCUCGUCCCUGGUUGCUACAAGGCCACAUGCGCUCACACACAGGAGAGAAGCCUUUCGGGUGCGCUCACUGCGGUAAGUCCUUCGCCGACCGAUCCAAUCUGCGCGCACACAUGCAGACGCAUUCCCAGCUCAAGAACUUCAUGUGUAAACGCUGUAACAAGUCGUUCGCUCUCAAGUCGUACCUCAACAAACACUACGAGUCAGCGUGUUUCAAGGACAUGCCUUUGCCUUCCACCUCUCCUGAGCCUUUGGAGGUGGACACGACCUAGCUGUGCCGCCCUCCAGGUCAUCUGCCUGAACCGUACAAACCCACCGUCCCGACCCACGCCCACGCCCGCCGCCCAGUAAUCUACUCCCGCGCGGCUCUGAAGGCUUAGCCAGGGCCUUGGUUCCCAACCAAACCAGGGAGGGUCCUGAAGAAAUGGGCUUCAAGCACACAAGAUCCCGUCGAAGAUGCUCAGACGGCUUUUAUUCUCGUCAAAACUUCUAAAAGUCACAAAUUUCCAGCUAAAAGGCUCUAAGACGUCACAGAUUACGUCACAGAGCCUUUAAAACCUCCCGAUAGGGCUUAGCCUGGGAGGAAGAACUCAGGUUUGGUUAACAAAGUUGGUGACGGCGUCGCCUCUCUGUAAAUGAUCAAAAAUUGCUGUUAUUUAGAUAUUGUUGUCAUCUUUAUUCGACAGUCCAAAGUUGAGGGGAUAAAGGUGAAUUUUUAGAUUCUCUCGGAAGAUCAAAAGUAUUGUAAAUUUACCUGAGGACAGGGCGAGUAGGGUACUUCCAGAGGCACACAACUCACACCUCCGGGAGCAACCCACUUUUCAAACGCUCUGGCCACCGGGUUUUGCGAAGCUCCCCUGACGUCACAGUAACUCUUAGUGUAGGAUGAAUGAGACUAUUUAUUGCCUAUUAAUUGUUACUAUUAAGGUUAUUUUUUUGCGUUUCCAGCCGCCCUAUUUGAUGAUAUUUUCAAGGGUGCCCUGUUUCGUAAACAACGAAUAACUUCAACGACCAAAGGGUCAUGUAAUUCCUGCAUGUAAAUAACUUUGUAUAGACUAUUGAAUCUCUCUUAACUCCUUACGUACAUUCUCAUAAAGACGUUCCAAAACAGACAAAACUGAGCUGCAUUUGGAGUUGACAAGUGUUUCUUAGUCUCGUAGGCUAGAUUAAGAUGAUCCAAUUCUAUUAAGAUACUGCAUAGCGAUAAGUAUUUUUUUCAAAUCUACAUAUACAAGCCAAAUAAUAGAGUAUAUUUGAUCAUAGCCUUAGAACGCUUUCAAAAGUCUUUCUAAGAAGUUAAGUUUCCUUUGGAUUAUUUCGGGUUGAGAGGGUUAGUACAGUCUGAGCUGACCAGGAGGAAGGACAGGAACACCACCGUCAUCCUAGAUGAUAUUCUUACUCAGCAUUUUCGUUUUAAAGAUAUAUCUCAAAUUUUUAGCUUAAUUCCCACAAUUUUUGAUCAAAAAUCAUAUCAUAUAUACAUUUAUAUAUAAACAAACUAAAU